AUGCUUCCUCAUACCAACCUCAGUGCUUCCUUGUGCCAACCCCAGUGCCUCCUUGUGCCAACACCAGUGCCUCCUUGUGCCAACCCCAGUGCCUCCUUUCAACCCAGUGCUCUUUCCAACCCCAGCCCUGCCAACCAUCCUCCUUGUGCCAACCUCAGUGCCCCUUGUGCCAACCCCAGUGCCUCCUUGUGCCAACCCCAGUGCCUCAUUGUGCCAACCUCAGUGCCCAUUGUGCCAACCAGUGCCUCCUUGUGCCAACCCCAGUGCUCUUGUGCCAACCCCAGUGCCUCCUUGUGCCAACCCAGUGCCUCCUUUGCCAACCCCAGUGCCUUGUGCCAACCCCAGUGCCUCCUUGUAACCCCAGUGCCUCUUACUCUGUGCCAACCCCAGUGCCUCCUUGUGCCAACCCCAGUGCCUCCUUGUGCCAACCCCAGUGCCUCCUUGUGCCAACCCCAGUGCCUCCUUGUGCCAACCCCAGUGCACCCUAGUGCAACCCCAGUGCCUCCUUGUGCCAACCCCAGUGCCUCCUUAUACCAACCCCAGUGCCUCCUUGUGCCAACCCCAGUGCUCCUUGUGCCAACCUCAGUGCCGCCUUGUGCCAACCCCAGUGCCUCCGUGCCAACCCAUGCCGCCUUGUGCCACAGUGCCUCCUUGUGCCAACCCCAGUGCCUUGUGCCAACCCCAGUUCCACCUUGGCCAACCCAGUUCCUUGUGCAACCCUAG